AGCGUGAAUGUUGGAAACAAAACACCAGAAAGUCAUCGGGAGAACAGGGAGAGGUUGGACCCGCAUCUGACAGUAACGACAGCUACAUAGCCGUGUCUACAGCAGUACCGUACAUUCCAUCUAAGCCGAGGACAAGCCGACAUAAAGUAGAGUGACCGAUCUAUUUAUUAUCCACCUUGAUUUGCAUGCGGUAAACCAUUGCCGCUUGGAAAAACAUCGGACGGACGGAAGUUUGGAAAGCCCGUGCGCUCCAAGACCAAGAGUGAAUGGUUGAGCCUAGCCCCCCAGCGCUGCAUCUCCAUGCAAACGGUGAUGUUAGCAUGGUGGGCAUCGGAGUGAAGCUCGAGGAGGAGGAGUCUGGAGAAGUGGGCGGGGCUAUCACCAGGACGGAACCCCAAAAGUCCUCUCCUGUGUCCGAUUGGUCAGGACAUCAGCCAGUCGCUCGCCAGCUGACCCCCCCUCUAUCAUGUUCACCCUCAGAGGACUCCCCAGGGAAGGAGCUGCCUCCUCGCCAGAGCCCACUGGGAGGCAAGGCAGGCACCAGGGGCUACACCCGACCAGAGGGACACCCAGCCGUCAGCGAGGUGAUGCCCACCAUUGAGAAGCUGCUGAGUGCAGAGUGGAGGGAGAAACUUCUGGACAAAAGCUCUCUAGGUCGUGGACAACUAAAAGGAACCCCAGAGUCCCUGGCCGAGAAGGAGCUGCAGCUCCUGCUGAUGAUCAACCAGCUGAGCGGCCUGAGGGAGCAGCUGCUCGGAGCUCACUCAGAGCAGAGGAACAUGGCUGCCCUGCUCCUGGAGAAACAGCAGCAGCAGAUGGAGCUGGCCCGGCAGCAGCAGGAGCAGAUUGCCAAACAGCAGCAGCAGCUGAUCCAACAGCAGCACAAGAUCAACCUGCUCCAGCAGCAGAUCCAGCAGGUGAACAUGCCCUACGUGAUGAUCCCGGCCUUCCACCAUAACUCUGUCUCCGCUGACCCCCAUAUGAGCUUGCCACUGCAGCCAAUCCCCUGCAAGCCAGGAGUGGACUACCCCAUGCAGCUGCUGCCCAACCCUCACCCCACCCCCGCAAAGAGGACCAGUGGUUCCUACCGACAGGAGACCAGCCAGCCCCUAAACCUGACCUCCAAGCAUAAGGGUCUAGAGAUGGGGAAGACCCCCAGCCCACAGAGCUUUGAUCUGGGCUCGUUGGCUCUACAGGGGGGGUACAGAUCCAGGGACAUCCAGAGAGAACUGUCUCACAGCCCCCAGCGACCUGCCCUCAACCUAGGUUUUCUAGGAGAGGGGGAUGUGGUGACCCAGGCUAUCCAUGAUGCACAGCAGCUACUAAGGAGCCAUGAUUCGGUUGUGAGGGAGAGGGAGCGAGACAGAGAGAGGGAGAGAGAGAGGGAUAGCUCUGCCAGGAUGGACUAUAAGGAUGCUUCUCACAGCGUGAGGCUACCACACACAGCGCAUGGAGAGGACGGCCAGGCCCUGCGGUCCAACGAGGACCAUCUCAGCAGUGAUUCUGAGGGGCCCCUGUCGGCCCCUGGGGUAGGGGUUUUUACUGAGGCCCGCGGCCCCCCCUCCUCAGGCCACAUCAAGAGGCCCAUGAACGCCUUCAUGGUGUGGGCCAAGGACGAACGCAGGAGAAUCCUCCAGGCUUUCCCUGACAUGCACAACUCCUCCAUCAGCAAGAUUCUGGGCUCCAGGUGGAAGUCCAUGUCCAACCAGGAGAAGCAGCCUUACUAUGAGGAGCAGGCCCGUCUGAGCCGGCAGCACCUGGAGCGUUACCCGGACUACAAGUACAAGCCCCGCCCCAAACGCACCUGCAUCGUGGAGGGGCGGAGACUCCGCGUGGGCGAGUACAAGGCCAUGAUGAAGAGCAGACGACAGGAACAGAGAGGAGCGUACACGCACAGCCAGUCAGAGCCACAGCAGAUGCACUAUGCCCCCAGUGACAGCCAAUACCCAAGUGGCGGGUCAGUAUCAAUGACGACUGUGCCAUUUCAUCCUGCUCUGCUAGAGCAUUACCUGCCUCAAGUCCCGCCCCCUCGUAGACCAGAGGGACAGGCCACACCCACUCCUCUUCCCAGAGAGAGAGACCGGGAGAGACCCCCAUACAGUGAAGGAGAGGAGAGCGAUGGAGGAGAGAGGAGCGAGGGAGAGCUGGUGCUACUGACGGAUUAAAGAAGAGGGGUAGGAGACAGAAAUGAAAUGGGGAGAGGAAGGAGUGGUUGGUAGUAGAGAAGUGUAGAGAGAAAGAGAAAGAAAAGAGAGAGAGAUAGAGAGACAAACAGAGAAAGAAGAAAGAGAUAGCCAUGUGGGCAUGUAUUGAUUACUGAAUUGACUGAAAUGGAGGUAGUUGAGUGUAUUAUGAGAUUAACAGUCAUCAUCAUAUCUUAUCCCAUGCCCCAUAUGCAGGCCUGCAAUGGUUUGUAAGACUGAGGACAUGUCAAAUCUGUACAUUUAUACAAGCCUACAUUCACCUGACAAUCCCAUAAUCUGUCUUUAUCAGACACAAAAGCAUAAACACACACACCGCCUUAUUUUUAAGGUGUGAUGAAUUUCUGCUAUAGCAUGCAGAUAUUUUAACAAGAAGCAAGUAUCUAAUUUACUCUUUUUUCAUUGGGUUGUCCUUGCUAUACUUCUUAACAGAAGGAUAUUUCAAGAUAGGCCAUACACAACAAUUUAGGGAAAAGGAAUUCAACUUUAUAUUAGGAGUCAAACACAUAGAAAUGAAGAGAACUAGCCACAGAAUGUGUGCUCGGAGAUCAGAGGUCUGUUGGAGUGUGCUGCCCUCUGCUGUACAAGCUGGGUACAGCAUUUCAAAACACACUGUUGUUGUCAGUACACUGUAUGACAUUGAGUCCAGUAGAAAAUCUCUACACAUUAGCAUUCAAAUGCCUUGGGCACAUUUGUAUAUUUCAUCACAUUUAACCACUUUUAGCUUGACCUUGUGGGAAGAAGCUCUUGUUUCGUUUUAUGGAGUGUGUUUCAAUGGGGUAAAGCUUCACAAUACGUUGAACGAUGAGUAUUGAGGUGAAAUCAACACAUUGCCAUGAACGUGAUGAGGAUUUUUAUCAAUUGAAUGCUCAAAGGUUGAUAAUUCACAUCUCAUAGUUAAAUGUUAUUUUGUUUUCUACUGGACUACAGGUAGAACUAACUUUUGUGAGUUUUUCCCCCAUUUGAGUUCAACCCCAUUUGAAGCACUCUUAAACUGUCAAAAUGCACUUAAAGUUAACCCUCAGUCAGACAAACCUUUCUUUGAAACUUACCCAGUACUGUCUAGAGUGGCCUCUCUCUCAUCUAGUCCUUUUCUUUAUUUGUAUAGAUUGAACAUAAUGUUGUAUCACACCAGUUAGCAGGAACAGGUAGGACUUAAACCAUCUACAGACCAUUUAAGUGCUCACAGUCUCAUAACCAGUGGAUUCCUAGUUAUUGCACUUGAUAGUCAGACAUUGGUUUGCUCCUGAUUCCUUUACAUGGACAGGAACAAUUCAGAACCUUAGAUACUGUUUAUAUCUGUGGUUCAGAUCUAUUGUGAAUUGAUGGGAAUUUUCAAGAUUCUUAUCACCCCAAACCCCUAUUCUAGCAUGCUGUAUGUGCGUGUGUGUCUAUCAAUCCCAUUUCAUUUGAAUUGCAGGUAUACGAUGUACAUGUCAUACUUGCCUGUGUGUACCUGUGUGAGUGUUCAUUUGUGUGUGUUUGUUUAAGCUUGUAUUAGAUGUAUGUAUCCGAAUUCCCCAGAGCCUCUGUUCUGAGUGCAGCUGUUUCUCUGUGAAUGUUUAGCUGUAUCUCAACAGUCUGAAGGGUGUUCCUUCCUCCUCGUCCGCUCUACAUGAUCUGACAGAACAGUAUGUGUGUAAGUGGCAGCCAUACUGCUACUCCAUGUCUUACCUUCUCAUCAGUUCAUAUAAAGGAGAGAAAACAAUGAGGAGGCCAUUUUAGAUGGUCGGGGUAGAGCCCUGAUGACCUUGCUACCUGUCAGGGUGUCAGAGGUCACUGCCAGGGUAUGAUCACUAUGGCAACAUAGGAGGUAUUUUUAUUUUUUUACUGCUCUAAUCAUAAUGUAUUACAGUAUAUCUAUGGCUGUAAUGCCCCAGGCAAAUAUUCCCCUUCAGCACCGGUCUGGGAUCAGCUAUACUUAUCCGAAUCCUUACCAGAACAGUUUUUAGGGUAAUAUAAAACUGUCCUUAGGGCAGAGCUUGGGUGCAAUCUUAUGGAAGGCAGCUGGUGUUCUGUAAAGACGGUGCUGGUGUCUGGGUACUGAAACACACAGAGCCUGUAUAUCAGAGGAAAUGUUUAUGAACUUAUACUGCUUGAUACUCCCUAAGGUGAACUGCCGCCUGUUGUCACCCCUGCUGAUGUAAAUAUAGAUAGACUUUAUUUUGUUUAUAAGAGCCUGUGUAAUUUAAAGGUGUACAUUUUCUGUAUGUUUUCCAAGUUUUGUGGUUUGUUUUUGAAAAAUAAUAAAUUGGUUGUAUUAAU